AUUGACAUCUCUUUGCCGCUCAUUUAUUACUUUUUUUUAUAACGGUGCUUUCCAUUCAUAAUAUCAAAUUUUCUCAUUAUCUUUUGAUUUUAUAUAAAAUCUAAAAAAUGGCCGAUUUGCCUUAUGCCACAUGUCCAUACAAUAAAACUCAUCGCAUUUUGGUAUUACGUAUGCCACAACACGUACUUAAAUGUCAAAAGAGCUACAUGGGACCACCAUUGAAGACUUGCAAAUACAAUGCGGCACAUCGUGUCCUGGAUAUGGAGAGACAUCUUACCGAAUGCAGGGAAUUUAAAAACUUCAUGGAUGUUGAGAAUUAUUGGCGAUCGUUUGAGUGUCGGAAACCAAAAACCUCAUACGAUGAAUAAAAACAGGAAACAAUUUGAUAGAUUUGCAAUCAUUUUAAUUAUGAUUAAGCUUAAAUUUAAAUAAACCCCAAACGCAUACAUAGUCUUAUAUGUAU